AUGGCUUAUUGCAAACCGAAAGAUCUUCCUAUUUAUUCAUUACUAACAACUGUUUGCAACAAAGUUGGUUGCAAAAAGAAUUACAGCAUCAAACCAAGAGUUGUUCUACCUGAACACUAUGUUAAAGAAGUUCGACCACCUUCUCGGAAAGGACAUCCAGUAAUUGUCGACUUUAGCAUUUAUGUAGUAGACAUAAAUUCAAUCAAUGUAGAAGACAUGGAUUUUCGCGUGGAUAUGUUUGUGAGGCAAAAUUGGCUUGAAUCUCGCCUUUCCAUUCCGGAUGAUAUAUUUGAAGAAGGAGAUGAUUAUGUAACACUUCCUCCGGAAUUCUUCGAUAACUUAUGGCAUCCGGAUCCUUACUUCCUCAAUUCCAAAGUGGCAGAAAUUGCCGCUCUGGAGCAAUUCUCUUCAGUGACUCUUUACCGGAACAAAACCGUGCGAUAUGCAGCUCGCAUGCAUGCUAUAAUAGCGUGCCAGAUGGAGUUCCAGCUAUACCCCAUGGAUAUUCAAGAUUGCCCCAUAUAUAUAGAAAGCUGUAAUUUCUUAUCCAAUCAGAAAGUGCGUUUGCGUUGGAGUAGGUCUGGUGUUACAGUAAAUCCAGAACUAAAACUUUUACAGUACAUUGGCAGACCUUUGCAGUUGGAAGAGUCUAAUGCUUACAUGAGUGAAAAACAUGGAAAUUUCUCUCGUCUAGCUGUAUACUUUCGUUUCGAACGACAAAUAGGCCAUCAUUUAAUUCAGACAUUUGCACCAUCAUCUCUUGUGGUAAUGUUAAGUUGGUUCAGCUUCUGGUUGGGUCUGGACGCUAUUCCUGGACGUGUCACUUUACUAGUAACCUGCAUGUUGACAUUGGUUACUAUGUUUACAGGGUUGAGAGCCGAUAUACCUCCAGUUGCAUAUGUUAAAGCACUUGACCUAUGGAUGGCCGGUUGCAUGGUGUUCGUGUUCGCCGCUUUGGGCGAAUUCGUUGUGGUGAAGGUUCUCCAAGUGCAGUACCAAGUAAACCGCGGCGCGAUCAGCAAAGUACUUCCCAAUAUGAGCGAGAAGAGUGGUCAAAGAAAUGAAACUAUAUUGGACCCCUUCUGCAAAAAGUGCUUUCUACACGACGUCGUCGAAGAUAAAAUGAAAGGGAUGAAGGGCUUGAAAGGAGAAAAAUGCAGACUAUUGAUGACCUACGCAAGAAAGAAAAAUACAAGAAACUGA